UGUUCGGAUUCAGGAAGUACGGGCGGCGGGGGCUGUGGAUGGUUGUCAGGCUCUGGAGGUGGAGGAGGUGGGCGCUGCACGGCUACAAGCGGCCCGGCUACGGCCUGUGGUGCCACAGCAAGCCCGGGCAGGCGGAGCGGCAGGCACUGACCUCGUCACUGGGAGAGGCCUCCUGCGGCCUGACUGCCUCUCAGCUGUAGAGACUGGAGGAGAAGGCUCGGGACUGUUUCUUCCUUGACAGAGAGUUUAGCCACAGAGAGUCGCCAAGAUAGCUGGCCCAGGUAGAAAACGUCGAACCCCUGACCCAGACACCGUUACAGACCCCGGGGGCCCAUUUGUUUCCACCAAGCGGCAGAAGAUGUCCCAUCCUGCCGAAGGCACAGGGCAGAGGAGGGUGACUCGGGGCACCGAAGAUGCGAUCAAUAAAAAGAAGCAAAAAGAUCGAGUCAACCAGGAGAGCAAAGAAGGCAAGAUGGUGGCCAGCAGUGAGCAAAGAAAAGACAUGAUGAUCGACUGGAAGCAGAAUUCCGGGGAAGUGAUUGUAAAACUGAACACAGGGCCAGGAGCCAUAAAUGUGGAUGACGUUAAAGCUGAGUUCACAGAUACAGACUGUGUGAUCAACUUCCCAGAGGGCAAUCAGUGGAACUGCCAUUUCCAUGAGGAAAUUGAAGGAUCUUGCAGUAAAAUUCAAUAUAAAGAAAAAGGAAACUUCCUUCAACUAAUUUUACAGAAGAAAAUUCCAUUGAAUAAAUGGCCAAGCCUUCAGAAAAAGAAGAAAGAUGUUGUGAAAGAACAGGCAAAGCUGGUGCCGGCAAAAGAAAAUGGAAAAGUGAAAUCCCCUCCGAAAUUGCCUGGUGCAGAUGCCAAUCAAGCUGAACCCGCUGGCAACUCAGAAAUGAGAAAGGUUAAACCUGAGCUUAGAAACAUCAAAAGGGGUCAGGAAGUGGCAGAGCCGAACUUGAAGAGUCCCCUCACAAGGAAAACUGCCUCAGGCUCCACCCCACAAGGCGGGGCACAGGUGAAGAAAAGCUCACCCCAUAAGAUUGUCUCUACAGGGGACACCAGUCCAAGGAACCAGAAAGCGGCCAGUGCAGAGGACUGUCCAAAGUGUUUAGGCAGUAAAGGGCGAACCAACCUUACUGACACCAUCCAAGCCAAGAAUUGCUCGGUGACCCCAAAAUCUUUGAGUCCCAGGGCUGAUGCACAGGAUACCGUUGCUGAGAAGGUUGUCAUUGCUGACACAGAGAAGACGCCUCUUCCCAAUCACGGAACACUAAACCAGUCUGCCACACCAACUGUACAGCCCGUAUGCUCUAGUAAUCCCAAACCCCUCCUGCUAGGUGAUUUGACUUUGGAUCUGCUAGUGCCAUCUAAAGAGAUGCCCCAACCUUCUUCAGAACAAGCUAUAGAGUGUAAGGAGGACCUAUCAAAAACACACACUGUGCUUGAUGAUAAAAAGUCUAUUGCUGGUUCAUCACACAGUGAAGUGGCCAAGAGAGAACACGCAACUGGAAAACCAAGUUCUUCAGAGGAUUACAGUCUAGAAGAUGCACCAGAAGAUAUAGAGCCCUAUGUGAAUCUCACCUUUGUGAAAAAUGACCACUAUGAGAAGGGGAAUGACAUGGUGGUUGUCCAUGUCUAUGUAAAAGAAAUCUGCAAGCAGACAUCCCGGGUAUUGUUUCGGGAGCAAGAUUUUACUCUAAUCUUUCAGACAAGAGACUUAAACUUUCUUCGGCUCCAUCCUGGUUGUGGCCCUGAUACUGUGUUCAGGUGGCAGGUAAAGCUCAGGAACCUUAUAGAACCAGACUUGUGCAAAUACAAUUUCACAGGAGCUCGCAUUGACAUCUCCCUUCAGAAGAAGCAGUGUCAGAGGUGGGGUGGUCUAGAGGCACCUGCCGCACAAGGUGCAGUGGGUGGUGCAAAAGUUGCAAUGCCUGCAAGCCCUGCUCCUCUCGCCAAGACUCAGCCAGGAGGUAACCAGCACACACUUUCCAGCAAAGAAGAACCUAGAGCUGUGGAAAAGGAGAAGCCCCGGGCAGAGGAUGCAAGUCUGGAUAAAGUGUCAUCCAGGACUGCAGCUGAUCACGUUCCUGUAAAACCGGAACAGCUCUUGACUUCGCCUAAGCCAACCUGUAUGGUUCCCCCAAUGACUCACAGCGCAAUGAGUAGUGACAGCGCACAGGAGGAAGAGGAGAAGAGGGUGUGUCUGCCAGGCUUUACCGGUCUCGUCAACCUGGGAAACACCUGCUUCAUGAACAGUGUCAUCCAGUCCUUGUCUAACACCAGAGAGCUUAGGGAUUAUUUCCAAGAUCAUUCGUUUGAAUCAGAGAUCAAUUGCAACAAUCCUUUGGGGACCGGAGGGCGCCUUGCUGUCAGUUUUGCUGUAUUAUUAAGGGCUCUUUGGAAAGGAACUCAUCAUGCCUUCCAGCCAUCAAAACUCAAGGCAAUUGUUGCUAGCAAAGCUAGCCAGUUCACUGGAUACGCUCAGCAUGAUGCCCAGGAGUUCAUGGCUUUCUUGCUGGAUGGACUCCAUGAAGAUCUGAACCGGAUUCAGAAUAAGCCAUACACGGAGACCGUGGACUCGGAUGGAAGGCCAGAUGAGGAAGUUGCUGAUGAAGCGUGGUUGCGGCACAAGAUGAGGAAUGACUCCUUUGUAGUUGAUUUGUUCCAGGGCCAGUAUAAGUCAAAGUUGGUUUGUCCAGUCUGUGCUAAGGUUUCCAUUACAUUUGAUCCCUUCCUGUAUUUACCUGUUCCUCUACCACAGAAGCAGAAGGUUCUCACUGUGUAUUAUUUUGCAAAAGAACCGCAUAAGAAGCCUAUAAAGUUCUUAGUCAGUAUUGGUAAGGAAAACUCCAGUGCUGCAGACGUUCUUGAGUCCAUUUCCCAGAGUGUCCGGGUAAAAACUGAAAAUCUAAAGCUAGCAGAGGUGGUGAAGAACCGAUUCAAUCGCAUAUUUGACCCAUCUUGUUCUGUGGAUUCUGGCUCUCCGUCUGAUCAGCUAUUUUGCUUUGAAGUUUUGUCUCCUGAACUCUCCAAGGAACAUGUAGUUGUGCUUCAAGUCCAACAGCGUCCUCAAGUACCAAGUAUCCCAAUUACCAAAUGUUCAGCAUGUCAAAAGAAACAGCUUUCUGAAGAGGAGAAGUUGAAGAGAUGUACUAGAUGCUAUAGAGUUGGAUACUGCAACCAGGUGUGCCAGAAAACACACUGGCCUGAACACAAAGUAUCCUGUCGGCCUGAAAAUAUCGGGUAUCCCUUCCUAAUUAGUGUUCCAGAGUCACGCUUGACAUACUCGCGCCUUGCACAGUUAUUGGAAGAUUACGCAAGGUAUUCAGUCAAUGUUUUCCAGCCUCCCUUUUUACCUGGAAGGACUUCCCCAGAGCAGCCUCCACAAGCACUAAGUCCUGAGAAGUCGGAUUUCCUGUCCCAGCCCAACUGUACAUUAUCAGAAGAAGCUUUUGAAGGUGUCAAAGACUCUCAUUCUGCACAGCCACCCCUUGGACCUUCUCAUUGUCAAUCACUACAGCCAGAGGCGGGAGAGUCCAACGUGCAGGGAAAGACCUGUGUGGACAGGCACUCAAUGGUCAGCACGGACUCUGGUUUCUCAGAGCAGUCUUCAGACACCUUGAGGGAUCUCGACACAGGAGGCGAGAAAGAGACCUCAUAUGAAAAAUCUAUGAAACCUGAAGUUGCUGUCCCAGGUUACCAGCAGUCAGUGGACACCUUAUGUUCUCACGCUGCACUAUUUUACAUCAACCUUAUUGAUUCCUCUGGUAGAGAGGUGAAGCUGGAAGAUAAAGGGGAUGCUGUGCUAGAUCUCUCAGAUGACUGCUCACUUGCUCUAGUUUGGAAGAACAAUGAGAGAAUGAAGGAGUUUGUGUUGGUCGAGUCAAAAGAGCUGGAGUACGAAGAGGACCCAGGUUCUGCAAGCGAAGCUGCAAGAGUUGGUCUCUUCACCCUGGAGCAAUGUCUUAACCUCUUCACCAAGCCCGAGGUCCUAGCUCCAGAAGAAGCAUGGUACUGCCCUAAGUGUAACCAGCACAGAGAGGCUUCCAAACAACUUAUGCUAUGGAGGCUUCCGAACAUUCUGAUCAUUCAGCUGAAACGUUUUUCCUUCCGCACAUUUAUCUGGAGAGACAAAAUAAAUGACCUGGUGGACUUCCCUGUUAGAGGGCUAGACCUCACUACUUUCUGCAUUGGUCAGAAGGAGGACCACCAGAGGCCUAUCUAUGACCUGUAUGCAGUGAUAAAUCAUUAUGGGGGUAUGAUCGGAGGUCACUACACUGCAUAUGCCAGGCUUCCUAAUGAGAAGAACAGUCAACGAAGUGACGUCGGUUGGAGGUUGUUUGAUGACAGUACAGUGACUACAGUUGACGAGAGCCAAGUAGUGACAAGAUACGCAUAUGUGCUUUUCUACCGACGACGUAACUCUCCUGUGGAGAGACCAGUGCGGGGUCAUCCUGCAGAUCACAGGCCUGAAACCGGAGCAUCUGCUGAAGGAGCUGCUAGUCAGGCUUCUCUGAUCUGGCAGGCACUGGAGGCCGAAGAGGAGGAACUCCACCAUGAUGCAGAUUUACGACGACGCCACAGAGCCUCCACCAAUCACGAGUCCGCUCACCUCCAGCUCUCGGAGUACUCUGAUGAAGCUCGCAUCCGUUACUUUGUCCUUGGCACCAUGGCAGCAAUUGUUGCCUUCUUCUUGAAUAUAUUCUAUCCCUUAAUGUACCAGUCCCAGGGCAGGCAUUUCUGUAAAUUCCUUAUAUGUGAGGAUAUUGAUGCACACUCAAGCGCAUGGGGUCAGCCAAAUGGCAUUUGGGCCAAACUUAAAUCCAGAGGACACCUCCCAGGUGGCAGCUGGAACAGUUUCCGAUCUCUUUUCCCACCCAGCAGAACCAGCUCAAUCUUACAGUAACAUGGAAGACGUUGACUGAUGGAAGUUUUACAUAAUGAAAGAAGUUUUUUUCUUUUUCUUCUUUUUUUCACCCCAGUCACACUUUUUGUCUUUGUAUCCUGGAGCAGCACGCUGUUUGUACAUAACUGUUGAAUAUUUUUAUGUUUUGGGAGUUUGGUUUUGCUUUUUUUGUUUUUUCUUUUUGGGAGAGGGGGGUGGUUUUUGGAGUUGGGGGGGAGGAUUGCUGUGGUCUAUAUUUUGGCAUCCAUGUAAGUAAUUUUCAUGUCAGUUUAUUCUCUUGAGUUCUUGAAGCCCUACAGUGUCAGAAGCUUGAGUCAGUUUUCUGUACGCUGCUGCUAGGGGAAUGUGCACCAAGGAACCCUUUUUGUUUCCCCCCCUGAAGUAUGUUGGACAUUAUUUUUGGGGGUGGAGAGGGGGGGGGGGGUGUUUGUUUGCAAUAUGUACAGCUUCCUGCAGUGUUUGUGUGAUAGAGUAUCCUCCCUUAAAGCAGCAUUAGCCUCUUCAUACGUCAUGUGGAUCCUCCGGCUCUGUGGUGUUGAGAAAAAAAAAAAUGCUGCAUUUUACUUUAUCCAUAUGUAUCAUAUUAAACAUGAAAUCUC